CCAGCCAUCCGUGGGAUUGGGCAAAGGGAGUGGAUUGGAGGUUGGGUUAGGAAAAAAAACACGAUUGGUAGAGUUGAGAGUAAAACUUGCUGGCUCAGAUAUUUGUGCAGCCACGUCCUCUCUUGCUAACCUCCCCACUCAACGCGGAGCUGUCCAUUGGCACUUGUGCUGAAACGCGUCUAUUCUCAAUCGCUCACUGCGGUGCACGACGGAGUGUCGAGAGUAAAACAUUUGGAUGACUGUAUUGGCUUUUUCCAUAUAUUUUUGAGACACUUCGGUGGAUAUCCAUUGAUUUACUCAGCUUUCAUCAAGAGCGCAUCAAAGGUCCACGUUCUGACCCGGUCGGUUAACGGACUCUAAAGAGGCAGAAAGAUGGCUUUUAUGGUGAAACAAAUGGUGGGAGGGCAUGUGAAGAACCUGACCGGGGGUUUGACUGAGGAAAAGCCCGAAGGAGAGAAAUCGGAAGCCGCAGCGGCAGGAAUGACCCAGGAGGAAUUUGAACAAUAUCAACAACAGUUAGAGGAGGAAAAGCAGGAACGAGAUGCUAGUUUUGCGCAGAAGAAAGCUGAGCGGGCAACAGUUAGAAGUCACUUCCGGGACAAAUACAGACUGCCAAAGAAUGAGCUGGAUGACACUCAGAUCCAGCAGGCGGGGGAUGACGUGGAGCUGCCCACAGAGCUAGCCAAGAUGAUCGCUGACGACAACAAGGAGGAGGAAUCCAAAAUGUCUGUCCUGGGCCAUCUGACCAACAUCCAGAAUGUGGACAUGGACCAGCUGAAGGACAAGGCCCAGGCCACACUGGAAGACCUCAAACAGUCCGCUGAGAAGUGCAAUCUCAUGUGAUCUGGCUGGCUGACUGAAUUCCUGCUCUCUCUCUCUCCCUCCCUUACUCUCUUUAUCUGUACAACAAAGGAUCUAUGUAAGAUAUCAUGUGAUCUAUGAUCAUGUACAAACGUUGAUAGUCAUGUUACUUUGAAUACACACACAUACAGUCAACACUGCCUCACACACACAAACAUACUGCAGCAGCUCCUGGCCAAGGAAUCAGAGUAAACACUGUCUAAGCUGUGGGGGAAUCAGGGUAAACACUGUCUAAGCUGUGGGGGAAUCAGAGUAAACACUGUCUAAACUGUGGUGGAAUCAGAGUAAACACUGUCUAAACUGUGGGGGAAACAGAGUAAACACUGUCUAAGCUGUGGGGGAAUCAUUGUAAACACUGUCUUAAGCUGUGGCGGAAUCAGAGUAAUAGUCUUAUGCCAAAGACCCUUUGCAGAAAACCAUUUAGACAAUGGCACAAAGUAUAUCAACUAGUCAUAUUAAGUGUGAGACUAAAUCACACUUUCUUGUCUUGGGACCACAUUCAGUACAUUACAAACCAAGUGUCUGUUAUAUCUAUUGCAGGUGUAAGUGUAUUUGCAGUUAGCCUGUUCUGUAGUCCAUCUAGUCUAUGGUCAUUAACUAGUUGGGGCCUUGUUAAGAGACAGCUCGUCCUAUGUAAUGCCAACCCAUCUAACCUUUCAAAUCUGGCCUUUAACCUGUCCUCAUAUUGACCCCUGACCUCUCCAUCUCAGUGCUGUUUUGUGCCGGUGGUUUGGUGUCGUUUAGCUGCUAUGAUAUGUCAAGUGCUGUCUUUGAAAAUGUAAUCCUUUGGCUGAGUGCUGGUCAUAGUGUUUAAUAAGUACACAAUACUAUGAACAUAUAUGAACAUAGAGUACUUGGUAUUUGUCUGAAUUGUUGUUGUAUCACUAAGUAAAGACGCAGGUGAGAGCGGGAGAGGGGUUUGUCAACCUUAUUUAGUAAUAUACAAUAUAUAUUUCUUUAAUACAGUGGUUCAUGUCUUGUAAUAGUUGAACAGUCCUUUUGUGACAUUACAAGUAAUAGCAUUUGAAGAAAGGAUGGUGAACAUGCCUUAGUCGCUUGUUUUAUGUGAUAGCUACUUUGUGCUUUCUUGUCAGUUCCAUGAAGCAAAACAAACAAGUGUGAAUAUAAUGAACUCUUACUCAAGUUUUACAGAGCCUGAUCACCUAUACAUUUCUCUCUGUAUUGACGUGUGACCUGCAGUGGUACUUUAAAGCCAACAACAAGAGCUUCUUUCAUUUCCAGUCACCCUAUGGGGUGAUUCAGGUUGAUCUCAUGAUGAUAUUUCAGGAAGAGACGUGUUGUUCAUGAUGUUUCUGUUUCCUGUCCAUUCUUUGCUUCUUUUACAUCAUCUUUGUUGUUCAGUGCUGUAUGAACCGUAUUGAUUUUUGACUGACUGUUGAAAGCAUAAU